CGGCGGAACUCCUCCAUGGCCGCGGCCCAGCCCCGCCCGCAGGCGAGAGGCGCUUCCGGGGGCGGGGCCGCCGGGGCCAUGGAGCGGGCGGUGAACGCUGGCGGGUUCCGGAAGGAGACCGUGGACCGGCUGCUCCGCCUCCACUUCCGGGACGGGAGGACGCGAGUUAACGGCGACGCGCAGCUGCUGAUGGCGGAGAUGCUGAACGUCUUUGUCCGAGAAGCGGCGGCGCGAGCUGCGCGGCAGGCGCAGGCCGAGGACCUGGAGAAGGUGGAUGUGGAGCACGUGGAGAAGGUGCUGCCGCAGCUGCUUCUGGAUUUCUAGAGGUCCCUGAAGCAUCUGUCCUGCCAGCAGAAGAUCUUGGUCUGACUGCAUGUCUGGUUCAUCUCUGGAGUCCAGCUCUAGGAAGAAGAGUCUCAACUUUUUCUUUCCCUGCUAUUUUGCUUCUGUUUCCUCUCUUCUUUACCAACAAAGCCCUAGGCAACUGUGCCGUCAGAUGCUGGGUUUGAAAGGAGGCUGCCGCACGGUUGGUUUGGUCGGCUGAGGCACUGGCUUCCAUCUUGAGCCUUUAGCAGGAGCCUGCUCUGCACAGCACAAGAAGAUGCUGUUGCUUUCUCAGCUAAUGUGAGAUACAGGUGCUGCAUCAGAGAGAUGCAUGGAAAGACUUAAUGGCUGGAAAUGUCAACCAAACCAGGCUCUCAUCGCCUCAGCAGGCAGCUGUGGCAGAAACUUUAGGUCCAGCUCCAAGCCUGUCUAAUGAAUAGGUCAUUAACAGGAGCUCAGGCCCAGGCUCUUGCCAAAAGCAGGUAACUGAUCUUCAUUUUAUAAAUAAACAGUGUCUGUCCCUCACUACUUUCCAGUAUUUCUGCAGGGCUGUGACAUCAAAGAACGCUUGGAACCUUUUAACCAUUUGAUAUUCUCCUCAAGCUGCUUCCUCUCUGCUAUAAAUUUGUUCUCACAAAGAAACAUCAAUAAAUUAAAACUGAGUCCCCCUC